CGAGUUACAUUGGUUGAUAGCGAGCGCGCACGGGAAAACAAUAUCAUGGCUGCCCACGCCUCAGAGGGACCCGUCGCUGUUCACGACUCCGCCCCGCCCCCUGCCCCGGCUGGCAAGGCGGAACACACAGCGAGGGGCGCGACCAAACCCAAAGAAGAGGACGCGCCUGCGCCUGACCACGACGACGAGGAUGGUGGCGUCUGGGAUUCGGCUUCGCUGUACGAGGAGAUCCUGGAUGAGGUUGAAGCCUUCGAAUACUCUAACGACAGCAAAGAUGUGUGCACUGCUGACGAGGCGCGCCGACUGCGCCAGCGACUGCACGAGGUUGGCGCCAGCCAGUUUGUCAUGGAGAAUAUCACCAGCGAGAAGAUGACGGCGCGCAAGCUGUGUACCGCGUUUGGCGUCAGGAUACCCAAGUUCCUCGAAGAAGCGCCCGACGAGAACUUCUACCAGUUGCUUGGCCUGGCCAUCAACCGCGAGCUCAACAAGCGCCCCCGCCUUGAGCAGUACAAGACCAUUGAUGACGCUGCGAAACUGCUCCUGGAACGCAAGAACAUCAUGGUCAUCACCGGCGCAGGUAUCUCGACGAGCCUCGGUAUCCCCGACUUUCGCUCCAAGAACACAGGUUUCUACUCGCGACUGUUGCAGAUGGGCUAUGACGAGCCCGAGGAAGUCUUUGACAUUCACAACUUUGACGAGAAUCCUCGCACUUUUUACGCGCUUGCCGGGGACAUUAUACCCGACCUCGAAAAGUGGACGCCUACGCACGAGUUCAUACGCCUCCUGCAGGAUAAGGAAAAACUGCUCACCAACUACACUCAGAACAUCGAUAACGUCGAAGCGCACGCCGGUAUACGCAAGGAUAAGCUUAUCCAGUGCCACGGUUCCUGGGCCACUGCGACAUGCCGGAAAUGCAAGUUCAAGGUACCGGGUGAGGUCAUCUUCGACGAUGUGCGCGCACAGCGGCCUGCUGAGUGUCAGCGCUGCAAGGAUGAAAUCGCAGCCCAGCCUAGUAAGAAGCGCAAACGUCAAUCCAACGCCAAUGGCAGUAGGAAGAAACGAUCGAGCGAUGAAGACUCCGAAUCCGAUGGAGCCUUUGACAUUCCCCAGCCGGGCAUCAUGAAGCCGGAUAUAACCUUCUUCGGCGAAGCCCUUCCCAAUGACUUCUUCGAUCGGCUAAAGGAUGUGGACAAGGACAAGGUAGAUUUGGUCAUUGUAAUGGGCACGAGCAUGAAGGUCGCUCCCGUGUCUGAGAUACCCAACUUCCUGCCCCGCGACGUUCCACAGAUUUACAUCUCACGAGAUCCCAUUCACCACAUCAACUUCGACAUCAACCUCCUUGGCGAUUGCGACGUAGUAGUGGCCGAGCUUGCCCGUCGUGCGGGCUGGCAACUCAACCACAAAAUGAUACCCGAGGGCCAGUCAGUUGACGUCACUCUUACCGAUGACAUGGAUCAUAUCUCCACCGUCAAGGCUCACACCCCAGUGACGACUACAACAAAUAAUCAUAUUAACGAACCAGCAUGAGCACUAGCUCAUAGCCUUAGUAUUUUGUGUGUUCACGGCGUUAUGACUGGCAUUACGAGUGGUGUUUUUUCCUCAUGUUUUUUGGGUCAUUUUAGAUCGAGACAGGGGCAUAUCCUGAUUCCCGCAGUCAGUUGCUUGAUCUUCCAUAAUGGAAACUCGGAGUAGGGCGUUGUGGUGUGAUUGAACAUCAAGAGAGAGGUUGCGGGGUCCGGCAUGAAAGAUACCACAGAUCCGAGAGCAUGUGUGAAAGGAGAUGCUAUCAUGUAAUCUCCAUCAACUCUAUCUCCUUUUGUCAUGCACAUAGAGCUUGUCUUGUCUUGCUUUUUUUUCUCUAUGUUCAGGCACAAGAAUACAGUUACAGUCUCUUUCUCUCA